AUGCCUCAGAAGAAAAGCUAUUUUGCCUUGCAGCUACCUAAGGGAUGGUGGGUGUUUGGUUUGGAUCUCGCUCUUCAUGGUGAUAUUGAUGUCGACCAAUUCAAAUUCUUUUCCGAAUUGGUGAAGGGCAAGGUUGGUGAGAAUGAUGCUGUGAUCAUCAUCACGCAUGAACCAAACUGGCUUCUUGAUUGGUACUGGAGCGGCGAUACAGGGAAGAACGUGAGACAUCUGAUAUGCGACGUUUUGAAAUACAGGUGCAAACUUAGAAUGGCAGGAGAUUUGCAUCACUAUAUGCGACAUUCAUGUAAUCAAUCAGAUGGACCUGCCCAUGUCCAACAUCUUCUUGUUAAUGGCUGUGGAGGAGCUUUUCUGCAUCCCACCCAUGUGUUCAGCAAUUUUUCAAAGUUCUAUGGGGCCUCUUAUGGAAGCAAGGUUGCCUACCCCUCUUUUGAGGAUUCAAGCAAAGUUCUUAGCAUGGCCUGCUGUAUAUUUUACAGUCAUUGUGGUAAUCGAGCUAUUUUUAGGCAAAAACCACAUGGGAGACAGUAUUCUAGUUGGUUUUCGUUCUGGAAAAAAGAACAUAGGAACAAUACCUGGCUUGCAAAAUUCAUUCGUAUGAAUGAGCUGAAAGACCAAGUGUGUUCGUCAUGGUUUGCUCCUGUUGGAUCUGCAAGUGAUUAUCCACUAUUAUCCAAAUGGUUCAUUUACGGGGAGAUUGCAUGCAACGGAUCGUGUCCUGAUUCAUCUGACGAAAUUUCUCCUAUAUACUCCUUGUGGGCCACAUUUAUUGGUCUUUACAUUGCCAAUUAUGUAGUGGAGAGAUCAACAGGGUGGGCUCUGACACACCCUCUAUCAGUCGACAAAUAUGAGAAGCUGAAGAAUCAGCAAUUGAGACCUGAUUUCUUAGAUAUGGUUCCUUGGUAUUCAGGAACAUCGGCUGAUUUGUUCAAAACUGUGUUUGACCUCCUUGUGUCAGUCACGGUAUUUGUUGGCCGCUUUGACAUGCGGAUGCUGCAGGCUGCAAUGACCAAAUCUGAUGAUGCAACUGGUAGAAAGGAACUUUUGUAUGAUCACCUUGCUGAUAAGAAUGAUUUUUGGUUUGAUUUCAUGGCGGACACUGGUGAUGGGGGGAAUUCAUCAUAUAGUGUUGCGAAACUUCUUGCUCAGCCUUCUCUCAAAGUUCCAGUGGCUGAUGAUUUUCUAUCUCUUCCACGGGGCAAUGUACUGCUUAUUGGAGGAGAUCUUGCAUACCCAAAUCCGUCAUCUUUUACAUAUGAAAAACGUCUCUUCUGUCCUUUUGAGUAUGCGCUGCAGCCACCGCGUUGGUAUAAAAAUGACUCUAUUGCUGUUGACAAGCCUGAAUUACCCGAUGGAGUGUCUGAUCUUAAGAGUUAUGAAGGUCCACAAUGUUUUCUAAUCCCUGGAAACCAUGACUGGUUUGACGGACUCAAUACUUUCAUGAGGUAUAUAUGCCAUAAGAGUUGGUUAGGCGGCUGGUUAAUGCCUCAGAAGAAAAGCUAUUUUGCCUUGCAGCUACCUAAGGGAUGGUGGGUGUUUGGUUUGGAUCUCGCUCUUCAUGGUGAUAUUGAUGUCGACCAAUUCAAAUUCUUUUCCGAAUUGGUGAAGGGCAAGGUUGGUGAGAAUGAUGCUGUGAUCAUCAUCACGCAUGAACCAAACUGGCUUCUUGAUUGGUACUGGAGCGGCGAUACAGGGAAGAACGUGAGACAUCUGAUAUGCGACGUUUUGAAAUACAGGUGCAAACUUAGAAUGGCAGGAGAUUUGCAUCACUAUAUGCGACAUUCAUGUAAUCAAUCAGAUGGACCUGCCCAUGUCCAACAUCUUCUUGUUAAUGGCUGUGGAGGAGCUUUUCUGCAUCCCACCCAUGUGUUCAGCAAUUUUUCAAAGUUCUAUGGGGCCUCUUAUGGAAGCAAGGUUGCCUACCCCUCUUUUGAGGAUUCAAGCAAAAUUGCUUUGGGAAAUAUUUUGAAAUUCCGGAAAAAGAACUGGCAGUUUGAUUUUAUUGGUGGUAUUAUAUACUUCAUCUUGGUCUUUUCAUUGUUCCCUCAGUGUAAGCUAGCUCACGUCUUACGAGGUGAUUCGUUUUCUGGUCACCUUGAGAGUUUCUUAGGCACUGUUUGGAACGCCUUUGCGUAUGUGAUGGAACAAUCUUAUGUGUCUUUUACCGGUGUCUUGAUGUUGCUGAUAACUGCAAUCGCAUUUGUCCCCUCAAAAAUAUCUCGGAAGAAACGGGUUGUAAUUGGAGUUCUUCAUGUUGCAGCACACCUGAUGGCAGCUCUGAUUCUCAUGUUGAUGUUGGAACUGGGCAUAGAAAUCUGUAUUCAACAUAAUCUCCUUGCAAAUUCUGGGUAUCAUACAUUAUAUCAGUGGUACAAAUCAGUGGAGAGUGAGCAUUUCCCGGACCCUACUGGCCUUCGAGCC